CCGCCCCGCCCCAAUGCGCCGCGUCACCGCCUCUCUGAGCGGAGCGCGGCCACGUGGACGGCGGCGCGGUUGCAGGUGGGUUCUGGUCGCUCCGCACCGCGCCGCACCGCACCAUGAGCGUGGGAUUCAUCGGAGCCGGGCAGCUCGCCUUCGCCCUGGCCCGGGGCUUCACGGCGGCAGGGGUACUGGCAGCGCACAAGAUCACGGCGAGCUCCCCGGACACGGACCUGCCCACCGUCAGCGGGCUGCGGAAAAUGGGCGUGAACUUCACGGUGAGCAACAAGGACACGGUGAAGAACAGCGACGUCCUUUUCCUGGCCGUGAAGCCGCCCAUCAUCCCCUUCAUCCUGGACGAGGUGGGGCCCGACAUCGAGGAGCGUCACAUCGUGGUUUCCUGCGCGGCCGGCGUCACCAUCAGCUCCAUCGAGAAGAAACUCUCUGCCUUCUGCCCUGCACCUAAAGUGAUCAGAUGCAUGACCAACACCCCUGUCAUUGUCCGAGAAGGUGCCACGGUCUAUGCUACCGGGACUCAUGCAGACGUGGAGGAUGGGAAGCUCUUGGAACAACUGAUGGCCAGCGUGGGCUUCUGCACGGAGGUGGAAGAGGACCUGAUAGAUGCUGUAACAGGGCUCAGUGGCAGUGGCCCUGCUUAUGCAUUCACUGCCCUGGAUGCUCUGGCGGAUGGAGGUGUGAAAAUGGGGCUUCCCCGGAGGCUGGCUGUUCGGCUCGGAGCCCAGGCUUUGCUGGGCGCUGCCAAAAUGCUGCUAGAAUCAGAGCAGCACCCAGGUCAGCUGAAGGACAAUGUCUGCUCCCCUGGGGGAGCCACCAUUCAUGCCCUGCACUUCCUGGAGAGCGGUGGCUUUCGCUCACUCCUUAUCAAUGCUGUGGAGGCUUCCUGUAUCCGGACAAGGCAGCUGCAGCAUUUGGCAGACAAGGAGAAGAUCUCCCCAGCAGCCAUAAAGAAGACUUUGUUGGAUAAGGUGAAGCUGGAGUCUCCUUCUCUGUCUGUGGCAUCUGCCAGCAAAGUCAGUCUGUUCAACAGUAAGAACACCAGCAGCAAGAAGAACUGAGCAGACUGCUGUACUCUGGCUGCGCUGACCAUCAGUUUCCUCCAUGCCCUUUCUUUUUUGACCAAGGAAAGCAUUCACUCUGAAUGUUGGUGUCCUCCAUACCUGGCUCUUGGAUUGCAGCAGCUGUGGGGCAGCGCAGAGCUGUUCACUGUGGGCAUGGGUAACACUAUAAUCAGAGCUUUGUCAAGGGCACCAUUUGCCAGAAGCCUUGGAUGCUUCUGGAACGGAGGUAGCAUUUAUUGUGUCCCAUGUAGAAACAGUUUAUAGGAGGAUUUUUAGGAACUUUCCAAACGCUUUUUAGUCUCAAAGGUUUGAGUCAGGUCUGGAUCCCUCGUUCCCCAUCUAGCAUCUGCUUGCAGAGCUCAUCUCUUGUUGUUGUCUUAAUUAGCUAGAGCAGGUGCUAUCACACAAAUGUGGUGCUGUGCACUGAGGCUGGGUUCUAAUAUGCUUCUCACAAAGGACCAAAGUGCCUCUGCCUCAUUUUCCAUCCACUUUGACAGAGGGUUGAUGCAAACUCCUGGGCCACACUCCGUUUCUCUCGGGUGCAGUCUUGGCAGUCAUCCCCAGAACAGCAGCUUUCUGUGGCUUCUUUAUAGUUGCUGUCUGUGCAGUUUCCUCUUCUCUCAGAGCCGGGGUCCUGUCCUGAACCAGGAAGCUUCACUCAGCGUGCACGCUGCCCCAGUAGCUGCUACUGGCCUGCAGUGGGAGCCUUGGGCUGGGAGGAUGGAAGGGAUUUGGGGGGAUCAUUGUGUCACGCUGUGUUCUACCUUGAGGUAUACCGGGAGAGCACUGGUAGAAAGAAGAUGCUUAAUAGGGGCUCACUGCGUCCUUAGGAACCCGGGGCAUCUAUGUAUGUGGUGCAGGAAAAGCAUUUGGGAAUCGAGGCAGAGACUGCCACAGGUGCUUGCAAUGUCUGUGCGGUUUUAGUAUUAGGGGGUAGCAGGGCGAGACCCCGUAGGCGUGACAUGGCUGUUGCUUUUCCUGGUCCUUCAAUAAACCGUUCCUCUGACGGA